CCAAUUAGGACAAGAGAAUUCCAGCCCAAUGCAAGCUUCUACAUGGACUGCGAGUGGAUUGAAUAAUCCACCCCUAGGGCCAGGCCUAAAUGCGAUACCCAAUAUUCACUGGCAUGCAUUUAAUAGAGGGGGGGCUAAUGGAAUUCAUUACUCCCACGUUGAUCAACAUCAGUCAGGAUUACAUACUCCACUAUCACAGUUGAUCAGACAUGUUGAAAAUCAAAGUCACUGGAAUCAGCAGCUGCCACAAGCGCCGACAGCACAUAACACAGUCACACAAGCAAAUUUCAGAGCGACUGCUUCGUCAUUGGCGUCAAGAAAUCAAUAUGUGUUUCGCAGAAGUGGUCCCUGCACUACCUUGUCAAGCAACGGAGUGCAGUGUGGUCCAUCAUCAAGCUGGUAUUCUACUCAGAGUUCAAGUGUGGUGCAAAUGGUAGUAAGUGCUCAACAACUAACAAAUUGUGGCCAGGAGGCAAGCCCAGUUCAUGGGGCAGUGACAUGGGGACAUAGACAAGGUGAAUCUGCAGUUGGUUCAUCAGUGGUGCAAAAUGCCAGUGCAAACUAUCAGCGUACCGGUCUUGAAGGCUUUUGUGCAACUUCAAGAAUGAAGGCACAGGGAUCACACUCAAACGGUUCUACAAAAGCUGCUAACAUAGUCUCAGCUUUCCAAAGUGGGAAUGACUUUAUGUUCAGAAAAAUCUGUGGACAAGAUAGUUUGAAAUCAAGCACAGUGCUGGUGGGUGCUAGAGAAACCAACCAGACAAUCUCUAGCACCCCAGACCUACCUCUCUUGACCUUGAAUCCAAACUCAUCUUUUGCAAAUGGCAGCAGUAAUUCAAACACUACUUGUAAUUCCAGCGGUCUCCAUGUACAGCCUUCAUCUGGUCCAUAUGACAAUCGACAGCCUCACCAGAACUUCCCCAAUAAUUCCAGUGAUGCCAUCAUCCCUCACAGCUCCACAUUUAACCAGCAGCAAAGAAAUACUGUCCCUGUCGUGCUUCAGCCCCCACCACCUGCACCACAACAAGUGAAAAGUAUUAGCAAUAAUUCCCAAGGACCAGGAGUUGCAUAUGGGAAUUUAUCUCACUCAAACACUACUUGUAAUUCCAGCAGUCUCCAUGUACAGCCUUCAUCUGGUCCAUAUGACAAUCGACAGCCUCAUCAGAACUUACUAAGUAAUUACAGUGAUGCCAUCAUCCCUCACAGCUCCAAAUUUAUCCAGCAGCAUAGAAAUACUGUCCCUGCCAUGCUCCUGCCCCCACCACCUGCACCACAACAAGAGAAAAGUAUUAGCAACAGUUCCCAAGGAUCAGGGAAUUUAUCUCAUGUUUACCAAAACCAGGAUUUGCUACAUCAGAAGAUAUGCCAAAAUAGAGCUGCAGAGUUCUCUGCUUUAGGCCAAGAGAAUGACCAAGCCAGUCACAGAAUAUCAAGUAUGGAGCCCAUUCAUAGUUUUUGCACCACCACAAAUUCCUCCUCAGUGUUUGCUGCUAAUCCACGUACUUUAAAAUGUAGCUACAGUUGCCCUUCAAACCAUAUAGUGAAGUCAUGUGGCCAGCAACACAGUGGAAAUACUGACCCUUCAGCAAAUCAACAGAGAAAGGAGUACUAUGCCUCAGUGGUGCAGGACAGACAAAGAAAUCCUGAAAACAGUCCAUCUCCAAGUAACACUUUGGUUGUGGAGCAAAAUCAGAUGCCUAUGGGCAACACUACUGAAGUUGGCUCUGACAAGCCUUCAGGAAGGUGCAAUUACCAGAAUGAUUCUGAGAACAGAUCCAAGUGUCUGGAUACUGAGGCUUUGUCUCCAGCAUGUGUUUGGCAACUUGAGUACAUCAAGAACCAAAAAAAAAUGUCUACGUCAUUGACGGGGAUGAAAGCAAUUGCAGUUGUUCCUCCAAUAUCACAGCAGUCAAGCACUGACCAAGCAAGCAGCAUUACAAAUGAAGAUAAAGAGUGCAAGGUUCAGACUUCUUUUCCCGAUAAAAGUGCUGAAGGGAAUCCUGAAAGUGAACCAAAUAAUUCUGGUUUAUCUCAUAAUGUAAAAGAGAGCAUACCCACCAUUUUCUCAUCAGACAAAUCUUUAUGUAACAUAACACCUGAAAGCUCCACAGCUGUAGGUUUGGUUAAAGCAGGGCUAUCGAUCCAGGAAUCUGCUGUGUCAGCAGAAAGCCCUGCUGUCAGUGUUGGGAGCGGUUCUCCUCGGCUGAGUGGCAACAAAGACCAGCAAUUACUUAUGAAGGAGGAUACAUUUGAUUUAUCGACAGUACCACUCAUUUCUUGGACUGCUGACAAACUCAGGGAGUUAAUUGCCACACUGGAAGAUGUUUCAACACCAUCUGACCCCAAGGUGGAGGAGAGUUCAACACCUCAUAUUGUUAGAACGUUUUGGAGUGGCUGGGAGCAAUAUCUCUACUAUGCAUUAAAUUCAAAUGUUGUGGAGACUAUUGUUGAUACUUGGAGGACAUGCACCGAAGAUGAAAACCCAGUCAUAUUUUCAGAAAUGAAUGCUCCAAGCAAUGUGAAAUUAGCAGAAAACUGUCUCAUUUUGGGAUCAGAUGACAUUUCUAAUGAUCUAGAAUGUACACCAUUGCCGUUCAAUCUCUGUGAAUGGACUGACAAUGUAGACAAACGGCAUAUAAACCCAGUGAGACCUGUAAUACACAUAAAUGAGAGGGAGAAUCAGAGAACGAAGGCUGAUGAGAUAGAGAAGUGCAAAGUGGAAGAACCUGUCACUGACACAAUGGAUGUUGAAUUACUGCAGAAACAGUUCCAGACUGAAGCGCUAGGCCCUCUGGAGGAGGUGUCUGAUCCCCUGUCCUUGUUAGAGAUUAAGGUUUUAUCACCUACAGAGGCAAGAAACCUGCACCUUUUCGACAGCCAGCAAAGACAGGAUGACACAGUAGAAGAUCCUCAAACUAAGCAUGCAGAAGAAAGCAUCUUGGAACUUAAAACCAAGAUGUCCGCUGCCAUUGACAGUGACUUAAAUGUUGAUCUUGAAGUUCUUACAGCAGCUGCCGUAGCAUCCAAGCAGCUAUGGAGCGAACAGCUUUCUGCACAAAAGCUGUGCGGAAGCGAGAGUAACAAAACCAGUACUAAAGAUGCGGCUUUUGGGAACAUAGAGACAAUUCUUAAGGAAAGUACUGUUAAGGGUAUGCAGUUGGGGGGGCUUCAGGAAAACUUGAGAGGGACUGUGUCACGCUGUUUAAGUUUUCACAACAGAAAGAAGGAAAAACUGAUGCAGAAAUCCAAAUCCAAACUGCCAUUUCAGAAACAGUUACUUGAAAAUGUUAAGACGGUUCAAAAGGAGUUACCCAGUUCCCUCCCUAUUUCUGGCAUUAAAAAGUAUGUGGAUUGCAGUCGCAGUAAUCAACAAAAAACAGUAAAUGGCACCAAGAAACACAAUGAAGACUCUUUGAAGGUCCCAAAACUGUCUCUUAGCAGAUACUGUCAAAGCCAGCAAGCAAGUGAAAUCAAGGCUGAGAUUCUGAGAAGUGAAAGGUCUCAGAUACUGUCAGUGGUGGUAGAAGAAGGCAUUGCCAGUCUAGCUUUAUAUGGUUCUUCUGCUCAAAGACAAAAACACAUAGCUGUUUCCAGCAGACAGCCUGAUCUUAAGCCUAGUACAAGCACCAUGACUGGGCCUCCUACAAAAAAUACUCUAGAAUUUCACUUCCAGAAGAGAAAUCUUUUGGAAGAGGGCCACCUUGAAAAAGGUAGCAGAGCAAAGCAAAAAGUAUAUUCUUCCUGGGAGAAAAGUUUUGUUCAUCGAGGGGAUGAUUUUAAAUCAAAGGUGAUGCCAACCAAAAAUAGCACAGGAAAGGAUUCACAUAAACUUGGUAAUGGAGAUGCCGAAAAACCAAAGGCGUCGUCAAAAAUUGCAAAGAUUGUGGAGGAAGCCAAGAGUUUCAACAGUAGGGUAUCUUCCCCAAAACAGGGUUGUCUAGUCAAAAUCUAUUGUGAUAAAUAUGGGAAGUACACAAGCAUGACUCAAACAGUCAGUUCUGCUUCCAAAGUUGUUCAAAGGACAGACCCAGGGCAAUUAAAGAAUGGAAUGGUCCACAACAAACCCCAGCUGUCAAAAAAAGAUGAACAGCUGCUGUAUAUCAAUGGGAAGAAAAGGAAAUCUUCCAAAAAGGGGGGACCAAUUCAGGCAUCGAAAAAGAUGUGCAGAUCAAUCUCCAGCAUUCCUGUGGGGAAAAGCAAAUGUGAGAUCAUCGUACCUGGCUCAAAUGCCAAUAUCAGUGAUGGAAAAGGUACUGGAUUUCAAGCAGUUGUCAACGUCUCAAGAGACAACGGUGUUGAAGAACCCCUUGAAAGAACUUACAGAAUUUCUCCAGACUUUGCCUGUCGCCAAGGAAGUGACCACACUGAAGCACUAAAGAUGACAGUCUUGAAAAUGAAAAGUAAGUCUGUUAUGAGUGAAUUCGCCAGAUUUGGUGUGGAUAUUCUAUUUUUUGCAUGUGUAUGGAGAUGCUGA